CCGUUUCGUUCUCCGCCGCCGCCGCCGCGUCCACUCAGUUGCAUCUGCUGCAGUCCGCCACUGAGUGACUGACUGGCACUGACUAUUGUACUGUCAUUUCCACCACCAACACUUUAGGUUUGCCCUGGUCAUUGUGAGAUCUCCGCUCCUUCGCAUCCGUCUGUCGCAAACAGAGAGAGAGUGGGUGUAAACAAUCCACCAUGGCUUUCCACGCAAGUGGGCUGCCGACCAUCGCGGCGGCAACCACCGAGUUGUGGCCUUCCAUCGCGACAACCCUGACCGUUCCCUUCGGGUUACCGACCUCUCUUAAGGCGCAACAACGGCUUUCCUACAACUCGAACGUCUCGACAGCAUCUUCGAACGCCUCCCGCACCCUUGCUAGCUCCCCCGCGCGCGAAGCUUCCAGCUCCUCGGCGCUGCCCGCCUUCCUGAGAACUGCGCCUCUACCCCAGCCCGUUGUCUCUCAGGGUCUAGCAAAUGCUUCGCCUACAAACAUCUUUUCGGAAAUCUCAAGCAUGUCUUCCCGCCAGCUCGCCAUGGCGAACCCCCUCUUCCGGCGCUCGUUUUCGGCGCUCAUGUCGAGGCCCCUGGGCACUGUCAACACCCUUCGGUCCAUGAGCACCCACCAGCCCGGUCGCAUUCCGUCCUUCUUCCGCUCGCCAGUACACUCUUCUCUCGGUUUCACUCUCCAGGUCCGCAGCUUUGGAAACGGUGGUCUCUCGCACAACCUCCUGGCUGCUCGCGAGGCCGCUGCCAACCAGUUCCCAACCAGCGCCGGUGCUCAGUAUGCUUUCUACCAGGCUCUUCUCAAGGCGAACAUGCCUGCUAUCAUUAUCGAAAGGUAUCAGUCUGGACGUUUCGCCACGAACGAGCAGGUAGACCAGAUCUACCAGCAAGCCCUUGCCAUGUCUACCGGUCAACCCUACACGCCUGCGAACAACACCGUCGAUAACAAUGGCUAUCACCCCUCCGGUUUCACCGCUAGCCAGAUCCAUGCCGCUGGUACUGCCGCUGCUGCUCAGCAUACUGGUGGAAACAUGGCCAUGGUCAAGCCGAUCGCUGCUGGUGCCAAGACGGGUCCUCUGCAUAUCGUAGUUGACGAAAGUUUCGGAAGCUCCGCUCUCAGAUGGGUCAAGUUUCUCAUGUGGUUCACUCUCUUCACGUAUCUCAGCAUGGUCGUCAUCACAAUGGUUUUCGAGGGCUUGAGCAGCAUCAAGCGCCCCGGUGGCAAGCUUGAGGCCAGCGAGGUCAAGCCUGAGAACCAGAAGGCUCGCUUUGCUGAUGUCCACGGCUGUGAUGAGGCCAAGGAAGAGCUUCAGGAACUUAUCGACUUUUUGCGCAACCCUGAGAAGUACUCGACUCUUGGCGGCAAGCUCCCCAAGGGCGUGUUGCUCGUGGGACCCCCCGGUACUGGUAAAACUCUUUUGGCUCGUGCUGUCGCCGGCGAAGCUGGCGUUCCCUUCUUCAACAUGUCCGGUUCCGAGUUUGAAGAGGUCUACGUUGGCGUUGGCGCAAAGCGUGUUCGUGAUCUCUUUGCCGCCGCCAAGGCCAAGGCUCCCUCAAUUGUUUUCAUCGACGAACUUGAUGCUAUUGGUGGCCGGCGUAACUCCAGGGACGCUACCUACGUACGUCAGACUCUCAACCAGCUUCUUACCGAGUUGGACGGUUUCGAGCAAAACAGUGGUGUAAUCAUCAUCGGCGCCACCAACUUCCCCGAGUCCCUUGACAAGGCGCUUACCCGCCCCGGCCGCUUCGAUCGCAAUGUUGUUGUCUCUCUUCCCGAUGUCCGCGGCCGUAUGGCCAUUCUCCAGCACCACGCCAAGCGCAUCAAGGCUGCUGCCGAUGUCAACCUGGAGGCUAUUGCUUCCAGAACUUCUGGUCUUUCUGGUGCCGAGCUGGAGAACAUUGUCAACCAGGCUGCUAUUCACGCCAGCAAGUUGAAGGCUCAGGCUGUUACUCAAAAGGAUUUCGAAUGGGCAAAGGACAAGGUCAUCAUGGGUGCUGAGAAGCGUAGUAUGGUUAUCACAGCCAAGGAAAAGGAGAUGACUGCCUAUCAUGAGGCUGGUCACGCCCUCGUCGGAUAUUACGCCAAGGACAGCGCAAGCUCGCUUUACAAGGUCACCAUUCUUCCACGUGGCCAGACUCUUGGCCACACUGCCUACCUCCCUGAGAUGGACAAGCACUCGUUUACUGUCAGGGAUUACUUGGGUAUGAUUGACCGUGCCAUGGGCGGCAAGGUCGCUGAGGAGAUUGUCUAUGGUAACGAGCUUGUGACUAGCGGUGUUAGCGCUGAUCUUGACAUGGCCACCAGAACCGCCUGGCAGAUGGUUGCUCAGCUCGGCAUGUCUGAGAAGCUCGGCCCCGUUGAGUACCUCCGCAAGUACAACCAGCUCAGCUCCGAGACCAGGGCGAUGGUUGAGUCCGAGGUGAAGAGAGUUCUGGACGAAUCGUACGAGCGUGCGCGUAACCUGCUCACCUCCAAGAGGAACGAACUCGACUACUUGGCCAAGGCGCUCGUCGAGUACGAGACACUGGACAAGAAGGAAGUUGAGAGGGUGAUUCGGGGAGAGAAGUUGAAGGAUCGCAUCUCGGUGCCGCCAGGGCCUAUGGCUAUUCCCAAGCCCAGCGACACCCUGGAGCCGGGCCUGCCCCUACCACCCCUACCUGGCGACGUGCCGCCCCCGGGUGACAGUGGCCCGGGACCGGCCCCGCCGCCGCCUGUGCCCGCGUGAGGAGCGCAGAGGUGAGUUGAGUGAGUGGGGGGUUGGGUGUAAGUAAAGGUGCGGGACAGGACAUAACUUGUUCUUAUAAAUCAAUUAUGAACAAACAAAAGCCUGAAAUCUUUCUCUGAUUUUGGGGAGUUGGGCAAACCACAAAAAGCAUGAAUCUCACAUCACACAACAACACCAUUCUAAUGGGUAGCGGGGUUAAGGUAUCAAAUCAGGCACUUUCUUUAUGAACUGUAUUUUAGUCUUUUUUUUUUUUUUUUUAAUUCUUAUCAUGUUAUUAUGUUGGGUUUACAAAGCGCAUCACUUUCUUUUUCCAAGAAAUUGAUGAGGACGAGGAAGAAUGAAGAUUGGAUGGGAGGAUGGAUAAAGGUAGUAGGUGUGGAUGGAGGCAUUAGAUGGCGUUUUUGUGUGUUGUGUUAGGAGUAGUACACUUUUAC